UUGCACAUCUAGCAGCAGUCAGUUGGACGCGGCGGCUCCUUCAGCAAGGACGCACAGCUCACACAAUCCCUUCGAAGGACAUCAGCAGCCGACAAACCGAACGACCUGCCACAACAUUCCAAUCCAUUCCGAUACAAUCCAAUCCAGACUUUGAAGUCCUGUAAAGCGUGUUACAUUCAGCUUACAUUAAUGCUAGAGCGCUGUAAAAAUCGGCGCUAGAAACGCCAAUUAGCCAGACAUGUUAGCCAUGUUUUAGUCGGUCCUUUCGCGCUUGACUUGUUUUGCAACUGUGUGCGUACGUUUGUGUGCGAGUGCCGCCCGAUUUUGUUUGUCCUUUUUUUUCUGUUGGUGUCUCACCCAGUGCCGUUUUAAGCCAAGAUACUAGAGACAUACUAGCGACUAGCUAAUACAUAUUAACUUGUUGUGCCAUCGUUUUGUGUGUGCCAGUCAGCCUCUGAGUGCAUUUUCAUUAAAGUCAACAAGUUGCAGCCGCAUAAGGUCAAAUAAAAGCAGCCAGAGCCAAAAUGAUGGCGACGUCACAGGAUUAUUUCGGCAAUCCGUACGCCCUUUUCCGCGGACCGCCCACAACUCUGCGACCGCGCGAGUCGCCGCUCGGCGUGGGCCACCCCCACGGCCAUGGGCACAUGCACAGCCACGCCCACGGGCACGGCCACGCCCACGCCCACUCGCACUACGCGGCCUUGGACUUGCAGACGCCGCACAAGCGGAACAUCGAAACGGAUGUGCGGGCACCGCCGCCGCCAUUGCCGCCGCCACCGCUUCCGCUUCCGCCCGCAUCCCCUAGGUACAACACUGACCAAGGAGCGAUGGACCAGCAAUUCUGCUUGCGCUGGAACAAUCAUCCCACAAAUCUGACCGGCGUGCUCACCUCACUGCUGCAGCGGGAGGCGCUAUGCGACGUCACGCUCGCCUGCGAGGGAGAAACAGUCAAGGCUCACCAGACCAUCCUGUCAGCCUGCAGUCCGUACUUCGAGACGAUUUUCCUACAGAACCAGCAUCCACAUCCCAUCAUCUACUUGAAAGAUGUCAGAUACUCAGAGAUGCGAUCUCUGCUCGACUUCAUGUACAAGGGCGAGGUCAACGUGGGUCAGAGUUCGCUGCCCAUGUUUCUCAAGACGGCCGAGAGCCUGCAGGUGCGUGGUCUCACAGAUAACAACAAUCUGAACUACCGCUCCGAUUGCGACAAGCUGCGCGACUCGGCGGCCAGUUCGCCGACCGGACGUGGGCCGAGUAAUUACACCGGCGGCCUGGGCGGCGCUGGGGGCGUGGCCGAUGCGAUGCGCGACUCCCGCGACUCCCUGCGCUCCCGCUGCGAACGGGAUCUGCGCGACGAGCUGACGCAGCGCAGCAGCAGCAGCAUGAGCGAACGCAGCUCGGCGGCGGCAGCGGCGGCGGCGGCAGCAGCGGCGGUAGCGGCCGCCGGCGGCAAUGUGAAUGCGGCUGCCGUAGCCCUGGGCCUGACCACGCCCACCGGCGGCGAACGAUCUCCGAGCGUGGGCAGCGCCAGUGCAGCGGCGGCGGCCGCGGCUGUAGCGGCUGCUGUGGCAGCGGCUGCCAAUCGAAGUGCCAGCGCCGACGGAUGCAGCGAUCGGGGAAGCGAGCGCGGUACGCUCGAGCGGACGGAUAGUCGCGAUGAUCUGUUGCAGCUGGAUUACAGCAACAAGGAUAACAACAAUAGCAACAGCAGUAGUACCGGCAACAACAACAACAAUAAUAACAACAAUAGCAGCAGCAAUAACAACAACAGCAGCAAUAGGGAGCGCAACAACAGCGGAGAACGUGAGCGGGAGCGGGAAAGAGAGCGUGAGCGUGAGCGAGACAGGGACAGGGAGCUGUCCACCACACCGGUGGAGCAGCUGAGUAGUAGUAAGCGCAGACGUAAGAACUCAUCAUCCAACUGUGAUAACUCGCUGUCUUCGAGCCACCAGGACAGGCACUACCCGCAGGACUCUCAGGCCAACUUUAAGUCGAGUCCCGUGCCCAAAACAGGCGGCAGCACAUCGGAAUCGGAGGACGCCGGCGGUCGCCACGACUCGCCGCUCUCGAUGACCACCAGCGUCCAUCUGGGCGGCGGUGGGGGCAAUGUGGGAGCGGCCAGCGCCCUGAGCGGCCUGAGCCAGUCGCUGAGCAUCAAGCAGGAGCUGAUGGAUGCCCAGCAGCAGCAGCAGCAUCGGGAACACCACGUGGCACUGCCGCCCGAUUACUUGCCGAGCGCUCUAAAGCUGCACGCGGAGGAUAUGUCAACGCUGCUCACGCAGCAUGCUUUGCAAGCAGAUGCGCGGGACGAGCACAACGACGCCAAGCAGCUGCAGCUGGACCAGACGGACAAUAUCGACGGCUCCAAGGCCUGGCACAUGCGGCUAACUUUUGAGCGCCUCUCGGGCGGCUGCAACCUGCACCGUUGCAAGCUGUGCGGCAAGGUCGUCACCCACAUUCGCAACCACUACCACGUCCACUUCCCGGGCCGCUUCGAGUGUCCGUUGUGCCGGGCCACCUACACGCGCAGCGACAACUUGCGCACCCACUGCAAGUUCAAGCAUCCCAUGUACAAUCCAGAUACGCGCAAGUUCGACAACCUAAUGUCCUCCUCGGCUGUGGGGGCGGCUGCCACGCCCACGGCCAGCCAGUUGGCGGUGGCCUCCCAAGCGGCGAUGGCAGCGGCAGCCGCGGCGGCCUUUAACGCAGCACAACAGCAGCAGCAGCAGCAACAGCAGCAGCAACACCAACACCAGCAGCAGCAGCAACACCAGCAGUCGCAACAGCAGCAACAGCAGCAGCAGUCGCAGCAGCAACUCCAUGCCCUCGCGCAGCAGCACAUGCUGCAACUGCAGCCGCAACACCACCAGCAGCAGCAGCACAAUGCCACAAGUGAAUGAUACAGUCAGUACUUGGGCUGGAACUACAGCGCCUGGCGUCCCGACGAACCCAACCUCAAGCAGCAGCCCCAUCGCAAGGCUCAGUCCUUCAACUUCUAUGCCCGCGACUAUUACUACCAGCAACAUCAGCAGCAGCUGCAGCAACAGCAGCAGCAGCCACCCAUCAGCAACAUGAGCAACGGCAACAUGCGGCAACAGCAGCAGCAGCAGCAGCAAAAUCGACGCCAGCAGCAACUUCCGCCUGCACAGACGAUCAUCAUCGAUGAAAGCGACAAUGAGCUGGAGGAGGAGCAGCAGAUGAGGCUGAGCUUUGAGCGAUACAUGGAGCAGCUGAAGCAGCUGGCGCCCUACGAUCCCCAAGAAACUUUGUGCAAUAACAACACCAAUAACAUUAGCAACAGCAACAGCAGCAACAACAACAACAACAGCAAUAGUAACAGCAACCGCAGCGGCGAGCCCACGAAUGCCAAUCAAAUGGAAGCUACUACAACUACUACUACUAGUAAUAAUAUUAAUAACAAUAGCUAUGCUAACCACAGCACUAGGAACUACAGCAAAAGGCAGCAGGAGUAGCAACAUCAGCAGCAGCAGCAACAGCAGCCGCAGCAACAGCAACCAAUUGAUACUCAAAGCAAAUGUAAUUUAGACGAGAAACGCGAAUAAGAUCUUAAAUGUUGAAUCGAUAUAAGGGUAAGCCAAAUUUGUUUGUCAAUUAUGUAGGCGUGUAGAUUGGAAAGGAGAGGAUGCACUUUCGGCUGCGAGGAGGAAUCCAAUGCUGAUCGGUGCAGGAAGCGACACAUUGUCCAGGUUUCAACUAGAUACGGAUGUUGCAGUCACCCACACGCACUUAUAUACAGUAUACAGUAUAGAGUAUACAGUAUGCAGUGUAGAGAAUAGUAGGAGAAUUAUUCGCAAUGGAGUUUUAAUUGCAAAAGUCUUGUUCAUGGCACAAGCAAAAGGGUUUCCAAGCCAGCUGAAAGCAGAGGGUGGAAAGCAAAAGGUUUUAACUAGCAGCACUCAAAUAUUUACAAGAAACAAAACCAACAAACAAAAAAGCUUAAAACUAAACUAAUUGUAUUUCGAAGCUACUCAUACUAUAUAUGGAAUUAAAAAUUUUACCAACUAAAAUCGUUGGACCUGUCAGACAUUUGUGCCAAAAUCUCUUGGUGGUAGUGCCAACUUCCUUGGCUGCACCCUCUCUACUUGCACCUGUUCGUUGUUGCAUUUAAUACUAGUAUCUGCACAGCCACUCCCACUCCCACACCCACACCCACACCCACAACCCAGACCACACAAUCCAUACAGAAACUACAUACAUGCAGAAAACCACACUAACCCACCCACCCGGAAACCACUCUGAUACUCUAUAGGAAAAGCAAGUUAGGAGCAAACACCGAACAUUGAAGACAUUUUAACGAGAGAUUUUUAUGCUGCUAACCUAACCAUUUUACUGUUUUAUAUAAAUGUAUCAUUAAUUACGAUUACGAUCUAAUGGAUGUCAUGUUUUACGCCUAAUAACAACAAUUGUAAAAUAGAAUAAUAGAGUUACUCGAGUUAAUCGACCCUCAAAAACCAGAACCCCAUUUAGUGGGAUUUUUUCUGCAAACGAGUUUAGAUGUAUCUAUGAUGUACAAAUCGGUGCGUUUGAUAGAUGUUAGUUGACUCUGAAGACAUGCAUUACAGUAGCCCUUAUCUUAGCGAAGCAGUUUUAAACUAAUCUAAUCUUAACUAAACUAAACUAAACUACACUAAUUCACUGAUUACGGAUACUAAACUAAUGUUAAUUUAUUUAUAACCAUUACGGUAGUGUGCGAAUGAGUCUCGAAGUGAGCGAUUGCCGAUUGAUCCAAUCCAAGCCGAUCAUCUUAUAUGGUCCGAUCUGAUCUGAUGUAUUAUAGUUAGCGAUAACAUCGCCAGAUCAAAUUGUCAAUGCAUGUGGCGGAGUUUGUUAUCCAGUCUAUAUGAUAUAAAAUACCUACUUAUAUGCACACUUGCGUGGGCUAAUACUGAUUUGGCAGACUCUUCUUGCGGUGUAAAUAUGAUUGGAGAUUCUCCCCCGAAUUCUGCUAGUUAAUGUAUAUUUAAAUAAGUUUUUGUAAUUUGUUGUUGUACAUUGAUUGCCAAAUCUCAGAUAUUGGUGCGCACACACGAACACACAAACACGAGCAUAUGCACAUGCAUAUGCAUAUGCAGACACACACAUACACACAGAAAGGUCUAAUUGCCUAAGGAAUUAGUGCAUAAUUCUAUGAAAUAUAUAGUUAUAUGUUAUAUACACACAUAUUCAUAAUAUUUAUUUGUUCUACUUCUUAACAUGAAAUGUUUAGGAAUUAAAUUUACAUUAUUAAUAAUGCUACAUCAAAUACUGCCCCCGACUUAAUGUUUGUUUAAUGUUUAUUUUUAACGCUGUUUUGUUAACAAAAAUUUAAGAAAUUUAUCUAUAUAUGAUGUGAUAACUAUAGUAAAACUAAACAUAUACACACACCCACACACACACAAGAAACACACCCACACAUUACAAAUUGAAAUUAUGUUAAUUAAGCAGGAGAGUAGAGCAUUGAAGUUUUUUUAAAAAACAAUCGAGAGAAAUCUAUCAUUUGUGUGGUAUGCAAAAUGGUGCUAAAUCCAAAUAUACUUUAAAGUAUACCGAGUAGAACGAGAGGGAGUGAAAGGAGGAGGCCAGCCCUCCUUGAAUCGUAUCGUAUGUGCAAUAUGACUAGUUUUCGUUUAAGGUGCAGGAAGAUGAUGAUGGAUGAUCAUCGAUGAAUGGUGAAUAAUGUUGUCCACGCAAAUGCCAACCACUUGAAUUACGCAAAUAAAAAACACAAGAACUAAACACACAAGGAUAUGUAAAUACAAAGCGGUGGUAAGCCCCCGCCCCCAAAUAAGCCGAGAGAUAUUCAAAGUCCUUUUCAAUGUCGCAAAAUGGGGAGAGACACCACCCGCAAAGAAAAUAAGUGUUAGCAUAUCACUAUGAAUAAAUAUAUAUACGUCUGAUAUAGCAGCAGAGCAGUUAGUUAAUGGUAACUUUUCGCUACGAUUUCUGUGUCUAUUUACAAUAAAUGUCAUAAAGCUUAUCAAAUUACCGAGCACACCACCCACACAAAAAUCACACACAGCCCCAUUUGAAAAACACUCUCAUAUUUAUUUUGGUGCCUUUUCGAACCAUUUUGAGUUCAGUAAUUGAUUGAUUUCGAUUUUGAUUUCGAUUUUUGCUUGACUUUGACUUCGUUUAACCAACUUUUAACAGCAUUCUUGCAGUCGAUCAGGAGUGGUUUGAACCCCUAAUUUUAAUGACGUGCUAGUUUCAAUGUAAACUUAGUUUAAUCUAAUUUUUGUAUUAAUAAUAAAUGCAAUACAAACUAUUUUUAGUUUUAUUUAUAAACAACAAUAGUAGCGGCAACAGCAACAACAGCAAAAUGUUGAAAGCAAAAAACAAAAAUAGAAAAACGCAGAAAAAAAUGAAAUCAGUUUAAUUAAAGUUAAGCAAAUUGAAGCAAGCCCACGAAAUGUUUGCAGCAUUUGUUACAAUUUAUAUAUACACGUAUAAAUAUAUAUUACAAUAUUUUUUAAAACAAUUUUUAAUAAACAUUCUAUCUAUUAUGGCCGCCUUUCAAUGAAAACAAAUUGAAUUACUAAACAAGACAAACAUAAACCGUAAAAAAUCAUAAAACUAUAAAUGAAGAACAGGCAGAUGUACCAAUCUCACACAACUACACACCCACACACACUCACAGACAGACAGACAGUUACACACACACACACACACACACACACACAAAUGAAACAAAACAAAAAUCAAAACUAAAUCAAAUAAAUUGAAUUUUAUGGAAACAAAACCAAAUGGUGAUCACUUUAUUAUUUUUGAUCCUCUGACUCCGAAACCGAAUCUCCGAUUCGCGGUCUGCUGUGAGCUUUGAAUUGUGCUUCCAACGAUGUUAGGGGUGCCCAUGAAAAGUCGAACUAAUGUCUAAGGACCUAUAUGCCACCUACUCUACUAUAUACCAGUAUCAAUACCAAUACCUAUACAAAACCAAACAACACACUCACCUGCACUCAUGCGCGCACACACACAAACACAUUCGCAUAGAAAAUUUUCAACCUCGGCCCAAUUUCCUGUUUUUUUUUCAAUAUUAUUGGUUGAAUUUGUUAACCUCUUUUCCACAUUUACGAGUACCCUACCUUUAUUUGAAUAAAUAUAAAUAUAUAUAUUGUAUCAGUUUCAGCCCGAAUUCGCUAAGUGUAAGCUAAGACGAUUCUUUGCACAAAUGAGUUACACCCAAAAAAUAAUUGGUAUUGAAGAAAUACGAAUGUACGGGGAAAAUGUGCCAAGCAGCCGAACCCUUCAUUUGAUCAUAACGAAUUGUUGCCCACAUUUGUGCUAUAAAAUAAUUAUUUUUACAAACAUCUACACAUAUGCGUCGAUUGUGACUAAUUUUAUUUGUAUACAACUAUAUAAUAAUGAUGCAUAUCGAAAGCCGAAAGAAAUGACAUGGCAGGAACAAACGGAGGCAUUUUAUAAGUUAAUUUGUAACUGAACAGUGCAUUGGAAAAGUAAGCCACGUUUUCGAAAUGACAAAUCAAGUGCAAGCUAUUUAAAAACGUUGCCUACUUAUCGCGUGCACUGGUCACAUGAAAAUAUUUUACAAACGCUUAGUUUUAGCAAACGAGCCCGCAUUUAUAUUCUCCACAUAUACCUCUAAAUUUAAUCUACGAACUUUAUUAUUAAACGAGUAUUGAAUAUUUCAUUUGCACGCUGAAAUAUGUGAGGAGACGCAGAAUCGAUCGAAAUCCCUUGUGUUAGUCACUCAUUUAUGUAUAUUUUCCGUUGAUUGAUAUAAGUUGCUUGAUUGUAGUUAGUGACGUUUGUUUGUUUUUAAGGACUACCUAAUUUUUGUGUACUUUCUCCUUAGUUUCUUAGUUUAGUUUUGAUAUAUUUUCAUUAUGCCGCAUAAGUAUAUUUGUUUUUAGCUCACAAAACGAAACUCUGCCUAUCUCUGUCUCGCCCUCUUUCUCCGUCUGUCUCUCUCACACACUCACUAGUACACCACCUACCCACCACCCACUAUCUCUCUCUCUCUCUCU